AGAUCACAAAAUUGGAUAAAUGAAAAGUCAAGGAAAAUCACUAACAAAGUCGGCAAAGCAGUGUAUAAACGUCAAAAUCAUAUGGGAAUUUGGGGUUAUUCUCGCUCAGGUUAUGGAAUCAAGUGCGGUUCGCACAGCUUCGAUGCUUACCAAUACCAGUUCCGUUUUCGCUACAACCCGCCGUGCUGUUACUUACCAAACUUGUAAUCCAUUAACAUCGUUUAACUUGCCGCUGCUCAACAAAAUCUCAGCUUCUAUAGGUCAGCGACUUCAGCCUAGUAUCGUGCCAAGUUUUACUGCGCUUCAACAGCAACAAUCACGUUCCUUAACAAAGUUCUCGCUAAAUAAAGGGAAACGUAAGUCCGUGAAGGCGGUUAUCAAGCGCUUCAAGCGCCUAGAUUGGGGCAUAUGGAUUCGCACUCAUACAGGCCGCCAUAAAAAAAUGUUCAAGAAAUCGAAGGAGCUUCGAAGGAGACUGCGUCAACAUGUUUUCACUAACGCGACGCAGAGUUAUAUGCUAGACAAAAUGGUUACUAGUUUUUGGCGACGUCCAAAACACUACAUUGAUGAUCCCUAUGCACCAUAUCAUAAGCGAGAUGAGUUCUUUGCAACAAAAAGCAAAACUUUUAAGGUUUGAAAUACGAAAGAGGCAAAGACUAAGUUGGCCCAUUAUUAAGGUUAUUGUUGUGAUUGACAAACCGCUCAAUCUUAAAAUAAACUAGUUAAU